UUUGUGUCACUGUAACUGUCAAUAGUCAUUAUACCUCAACUGUAAAUUCCUUUAAACUUUCUCAAUCAUUUGUUAUGUUUUCACUUUUUGGUAUGUAAAUAUUUUUAUUAAGGUGAAACAGUAAAUAGUGUUGGGUAUUACGGUGAAAAGCAGGUUUCUGGAAUUUGUUUGAGAUUUUAUGAGACUGACAAUGUCCCCUGAAGUGAAUGGCAACCCUCCAAGUGUUACCAAACGUAAGAAAAAUCGCGAUAAGAAAGUACACCCAGCGGAAGGAGUGCAAAAUUUUGAUCUUAAUGUGCCCAGUUGCAAUUAUUUUCCUUCCAACCAAUUCUCUUAUAGUAAUUUUACUAUUCCCGAAAUGCCUCAUACAUAUUACCCCUUUGUGAAUUAUCCCAACCCUUCUGAACCUAUGUCUCUUCCUGUUUAUCCAAUGAAUUAUUCGGGCUAUACUUGUUUGGGUAGUGUUGUGGGAAGUGCUGGCAAUAUUUCAAGGCAGUCUACUUUAUCGAAUCAUACAUUUAACAUUGAACCUGAUAGACAAGAUUAUAUGAGUUUGCCAGUUGUGAGUGUUGAUACGAAUGAGGAAUCAAAACGCAGGUUCUCAGAUCCAGGCCUACCUAAUGAUAGUGAUUCCGGUUCCAACUGUUGCGAAGAGACUGUGCGAAAACUGACACAUCACAUACAUUCUUUGAAGGAGAGUAAUAACAGAUUAUCUAGAGAAGUAAUGGAGCUUAGAAUUGAAUUAAAUCUAUUGAAACAACAACAAGCUACAAGGCAUUACGAGAGGGAAUAUGAACCUGGAAUGCUAGCUGAUGUUAUAAGAGAAGUGCGGGAAGCUGCCAGGGUUAGAGAAGAUGCUCUACUAGCUAGGGUGAAGCAUAUCAUGGAGGAAAAACAUCUUAGCGUGAAUCAACUAAACCUAGUCACAGAGAAAAAUAGGGACAGCGACCGAAUUUCAAAGCUUGAAGAACAACUGAGGAGUUUAACAGUUAGCAGCAACACGAGAUCUGAUGACACUGUGAAAGCCUUACAUUCUUCGAGUUUAAACACUUCAGGAGAGAAGAGCAAAUCUGCUCGUCAAGUUUUAGAUUUGGAAAGAGAGGCAUUAGAAUUGAGACGAGAAUUACAAGAUACACGUGCCAAGAAAGACGAAGCUGAUCAAAAGCUCAUGAGGUUGUCCAGUCUUUUACGUAGAAGUGACGUAUCCAUCUCGGAUCCAUCCGAAGACGGUAAGACAUCAGUUGAUAGUUUUUCAACUAUGACUACGUCAUCAUCUUUAGCCGCUACGAGGGUUAUUUUAUCUGGACCUGUAACUAAUUUAUAAAACCUGUUGUUUGUAUUCUUUGUAGUAUUUCAGUUUAUUAAUUACAGCACAUACCAAGGGUUUGGUACGGGUUAUUGUUAUAAUACACACUGUAUUAACCCUAUGUCGUCUAUCUAGUGCCUUCAAUGUAAAUACAGGGUCUACCAAAAUUAGAUGGUGAAUUCAAGAAAUUUGCUUACGAAAAUAAUAUAAUUUUUUUCCAAAAUAUUUCUGAACGGUUUAACUAGAAAAUGUGCAUUUUGUUACUUUAGUAACCUGUUGUAAUUUGGAUAUGCUGCAAAGAUCCUAAAAUGGGACAAAUAUUAGUUUUUAAGUUCUACCACUUGGAAAUAUUUUAACAAAAGACUUAUUGGCAUAUUUUUCUGAAUAUAUUUGGAAACCUUUUCCGAUACACCUUUAGCGACUAAAGUUUCAACUUCACCAUUUAAUUUUGCAACACUGUAUAAUAUUCAGUAGCAUGAUCGUAAUAUGGUUUAUUUAAAAAGGAAAACCGAAUUAUUUUUCAGGUUGUAGAUCAUAGGAUUGAAUAGAAUUGCUCCAACAUAAAUAGUUUCAUCCAACAUCCAAAAGUCAGUUCGGAACGAUAUUUUUUAAAAAGUGACUAAUUUCAAUCCGGCACGGAUAAUAUACAGGACAUGUAUAUAUCAUACAUUACAUACAUACAUACAUACAUAAUACUUCAAACCACUUGUGCAGUAGGCAUCGGUAACUCAGUGAACUUUCAGGAGUUGGCGCAGAGUACCGGAACGGCUUGUGCGCCAAUCCACCGGAGCAGUUUAUGUUGCAGUAAACUUAGAUAAAAUUAAACUUAUUUAUAUAUUACUCCAUACGAUAAAUAUGUUGGGAAAUCACAGGGGAGUGUUUGAUACGUGAUGUGUAGUGAUGUCGCAUAAUGAUGCGUCAUAGGCUUUAAAUGAGAAACGUUUGAUCCCAAGAAGUGACAGCGCGGGUGAGUUACUGAGCCGGUGUGUUGGAUUGGGGCACCAAGCCAUUCCGUGGGACACCAUGCCAUGAGUUACCAAUGCCGAGUCAAUCAAUAUUGCGUGCUAAUAUUUUAUGCUUUUACAAUUCAAAAGUCGGCUAAUAUUAAUUGAUAGAAAAAUUAGAGAUGGAGCAGUGUUAUGCGAAAAAAAUAUUUUUUAUACACAUAAAUUUCGUCAGUGAUAAUAAAUCAUUCCUUUGAUUAUCGUAAAUUUAUCGGAUAUUGUUAUAGGAUAUGUUUAACGAUAUCUUUUAGGCCGCAGUAAAACAUUAACUUUGUUAAGAUUAUGUUAAUUGUUAAUUAACAAGUUAAGUACAUGGUUUUAAUCGAUUUUAGAGAAAUUUUUCAUACAUUUAUUUAAUAAAUUAUUCCGGCUAAGCUUAAGCUUAUGUGAGGUUUGAGUUAAAAAGCGGGAGAAGGACCUGAGCCAGGAAAACGUGAAAACAAACUCCUUUUUUAUACCAUCUUGUUUCAUUUAUUUAUUUCAUUUUUUUAUAUCACUGAUAGUCUGAUCACGAAUCUAACCAAAUUACGCAAAACUGCUUUAUUCAAAAAACUACUCAACAAAAUCAACGUUAUACUGACAAAUCUGGACUACCUUUGAAACGGGAACAAUCUUGACCGCUUAGAGCGAAUUGAUUUCUGUUUGAAGCGUUACUUAGUGCAAUUACUUUUCGGUUAUUGCGUCGUGUUG